AUGGCAGCCCAAAGAACCUUGAGGGAGCUUGCAACCCCAAAUGUUAACCAACAGCCUCUGUGCAUCACAUACACUGACACUGAGGAGGCUUUUGAACUAAAAUCUGGGCUGAUUCACUUAUUAUCUACUUUUCGUGGUAUUGCAGAUAAAGCUAAGGACUGGCUGUUCUACUUGCCAUCGGGGUCCAUCACUACGUGGGAAGUAUUAAAACGGCAAAUCCUUGAGAAAUUCUUCCCAACCUCCAGGGCCGCCAACAUCAGGAAGGAGAUAUAUAGAGUUAGGCAAGCAAAUGGGGAGAUCCUCUAUGAAUACUGGGAGCGGUUCAAACAACUGUGUGCCAGUUGCCCACACCAUCAAAUUCAUGACCAACUGUUGAUCCAAUAUUUCUACGAGGGACUCCUACCCAUGGAUAGGAGCAUGGUCGAUGCAGCUAGUGGAGGAGCUCUAGUGAAUAAGACAACAGAUGAAGCCAAACGGCUUAUCUCGAACAUGACUGAGAACUCGCAACAGUUUGGAGUCAAAUCUGAGGGAGUGACUAGAAGGGUCAAUAAGGUAAAUCAUUCUGACCUUGUGAAUAGAUUAACUGAGCUAACUGCCUUGGUUCGUCAAAUGGCUAAAGGACAAGUACAGGCAGCUAAAGCAUGUGAGAUAAGUGCUGCUCCUGAACACAUGACCGAUAUAUGCCCGACCCUUCAAGAAGACCCCCACGAGCAAGCAAAUGCUAUGGGAGGUUUGCCUGGACCACCCCAAUGGAGAAACGACCCCUAUGCACCCACAUACAAUCCAGGGUGGCGGAACCACCCCAACUUUAGCUAUGCUCAGAAACCUUCGGGAUUCAAACAACCAUUCCAGCAAAGACAACUAGUACAGCAACCAUCCACAUCUGAUUCAGGUAUGUCCCUGAAAGACAUGGUUAAAUCACUAGCUGACAGCACUUGUCAAAUGCGGCAGGACCAACAGAGAUUUCAACAGGACUCGCAGAGAUUUCAACAGGACCAACAGAGAUUUCAACAAGAAACACGCGCAAGCAUUAGGACCUUGGAGGCGCAAAUGUCACAACUGGCGUCUUCAUUGAGCAACUUUGAGAAUAGUAAAAGAAAACUACCAACUCAAGUGAUUCCCAAUCCAAUGGAGAAUGUGAGUGCAAUUACUUUGAGAAGUGGCAAAGAAUUGCAAGAGUAUCAAAAUGCAGUAUCUAAGCAUGAUCUUGAAGAGCAAGUUGAGGAAGAAACAAUGAAAUCUCCAACUCAAUCCCUUCCAAGGAAAGAGCCCAGAGAUGAACCCCCAGUAGUGGUGACACCUCCUCCUCCAUUUUCCAGUCGAUAUGCAAAAUCUAGGAAAGAGGAGCAAGAGCAAAAAGUUUUUGACAUUUUUCGCAAAGUUGAGUUGAAGGGUUUUGAAAAGAUUUAUAUGGGAGAAAAUGUUUCAGCAGUCCUACAACAGAAAUUGCCUUUUAAACAUAAGGAUCCAGGUAUGUUUACUGUUCCUUGCAAAAUAGAGAAUGUUAAGGUCGAAAACGCAUUGAUAGAUUUAGGAGCUGCAAUAAAUAUUAUGCCUCGUUCCAUUUAUAAUUCUCUGAAUUUUGGAUCAUUAAAAGAAACGAGUGCCAUUAUGCAACUUGCUGAUAUGUCUAAUGCAUAUCCUGAUAGGAUAUUGGAGGAUAUUCCAGUUCAAGUUGAUAAAUUAGUUUUUCUUGCAGAUUUCUAUGUGCUAGAUAUGGAUGAUGAUCUUUCUGUUUCACCCCUAGUUUUGUUGGGCAGGCUAUUUUUAAUGACAUCCAAAACAAAAAUUGAUGUUUAUUCAGGAACCUUGACAAUGGAAUUUGAUGGUGACAUAAUAAAAUUCAAUACUUGUGAUGCCAUUAAAUGUUCCAGUGAGGCACAUUCUAUUUUUGUUAUAGAUGUAAUUGACCCUUUCAUGCAGCAAAAGUUUGAAUUAAAUGGUAGAGAUGCGUUGAAGGUUGUAAUCAAUUGCAAUUUUGAUUCGCACAAGAUGUCAAGAGUUGCAAAGAAAUUCGAGUUACAUCCAGAUUGA